AUGGUAGCGUUAAUCGAAUACUGUCAUUAUUAUUACUUUUUGGAGCAUAUGUACACCGCCGACUUCCUCGAACUAGUGGACUGCAUAUGCAGUUUUCUGGCAUACGGCAAAACGUUCAUAAAAAUUAUUCUGUUUUGGUUGAAUCAACAGAACCUCAUCAAGAUCAUGUCGAUAAUGUCAGACGAUUGGGAUGACUGUGUCAAGAGCGAUGUCGGGCUUCGAGAGACGGAAUACAAAGCGAAAAUCUCAGAUCGCCUUAUAAACUCGAUAGUCAUGCUUCACGCGAUGGAGGCCUGCGCGUAUAGUUCCGGCGCUAUCCUGAACAACGUUGAAGUCACCAAUCGCACGGAGGAGCUGCCUUAUAUCGACAAGUUAGAUAUCCCCUUCGACGUUAACACGCAAUUCAUGUACAGAAGCAUAUUAUUCGCAGAAUGCUUCGCUGUGAUCACGGUCUGCUGUGCAGCUGGUGUGACGAACAUGUUCGUCUUGAGUCUGACGUUACACGCCGCCGGCCAGAUGGACAUUCUUCGUAACUGGUUCACGCAACUCGUACCCCUUGCAAAUGAGAAUAAACAUGAAUCCACCGUUAUUUUGCUAAAACGGAUCGUACGGAAACAUCAGAAAAUCAUUGAUUUUUCGGAAACUAUUGAAAGUCUCUACUCGCUGAUCGCGUUCAUACAGUUCACGUCGAACAUAAUAAUGAUUUGUUCUUUGGGCUUUGUAAUCGUAACG